GCCAAAUCCCAUAUGAUAACUACAUCAAAGCCAUGUUGUGUAGUGCUCCAAAAUUCAUUGUAAUUGUAACCCACUUUGUUUUCUUUUUCUGGUUUUCAAAAUACAAUCGGAAAUUGUUGAUAAAUAGCUGCAAAAUAUCAAAUCAUAUCUUUAAGAAGAUUACUUUGCCCUUUCAUCUUUCUUGAGCAACAGUAUCCGUGGAAAAUAUUCCAUCUUCAAUUCUCUGUAUGGAGUUUGGUGCCCUAAGGAAAUCUAAAAGCAAGUGGUGAGUUUGUUUUGGGGUUUAUGAUUUGCAAACAGUUGAAAGUUGGUGUCAUCACAUCUUCACAGGAGUCAUUGUAACUUUCCCAUAAAGCACCUAGUUCUGUUCACUUGUUCUCUCUGGUGAGCUUCAGUUGAGCUAUAAUGGCUGUCUUUGCCUCCUUUUCUGCGCCCAAUUCUCGUCCCUUCAGCUUUCCUUGACAUCUACUCUCAUGGGUUUUCUCUAUUUUCUCAGUUUCAUCUCUCCCUUUGUUGACGGUGAUGUGUGUUGUGGUUCUUGGCUUCUUCUUCUGUGCCUUGAUUCCAAGAUUCCUCAUCAUUUUUAGCUUUUCCCUACCUUUCCCAUCUGAAAUAAUUGCUUUGUUUGCAGUUCUGCUUUCACUUUUCUAGCUGUGAGUACUUUUGCGCUGUGAUAAUUUCAAAUUUUAUGAAGUGUUUUGCUGUUUUCUUCAUCUGGGUGUCUGUUAAUUUUGAAAUUUGAUUAGAAAUUCGAUCAAUGCCACCCUCAUAUUUCCCUCUUCGGUGGGAGAGCACUGGAGACCAGUGGUGGUACGCUUCACCAAUUGAUUGGGCAGCUGCAAACGGCCACUAUGAUCUUGUGAGGGAGCUUCUCCACCUCGACACCAACCUCCUCAUCAAGCUCACCUCUCUAAGGCGAAUUCGCCGCUUGGAAACAGUGUGGGAUGAUGAAGAACAGUUCGAUGAUGUUGCCAGAUGCCGCUCUCAAGUUGCCCGGAAGUUACUCCGGGAAUGCCAGACCAAGAGAGGACGCAACUCUCUCAUUAGAGCAGGCUAUGGUGGAUGGCUUCUGUACACUGCUGCCUCAGCGGGGGAUGUGGGUUUUGUGAAGGAAUUGCUCGAGAGAGACCCUCUGCUUGUGUUUGGAGAAGGAGAAUAUGGUGUCACUGACAUAUUUUAUGCUGCGGCCAGGAGCAAGAACUCUGAGGUUUUCAGGCUGCUGCUUGAUUUUUCAAUCUCACCGGGGUGUUUUAGGAGCAGUGGAGAGGAAUUGGAUGAGCAAUCGGAUGAAGUUUCUCCAGAAUUUAGGUGGGAGAUGAGGAAUAGGGCUGUUCAUGCUGCAGCUAGAGGGGGAAAUUUGGAGAUUCUGAAGGAGCUUCUUCAUGAUUGUACUGAUGUUCUGGUUUAUAGAGAUAUGCAGGGGUCUACAAUCUUACAUACAGCCUCUGGAAGAGGACAGGUUGAGAUAGUUAAGGGCCUACUGGAAUCCUAUGACAUUAUCAACUCUACAGACAAUCAGGGGAACACAGCAUUGAAUGUGGCUGCUUACAGGGGUUACUUAACUGUGCUAGAGGUUCUAAUUCUUGCAUCUCCCUCUUCAAUCUUUUUGACAAACAAUUAUGGGGACACUUUACUCCACAUGGCAGUGGCUGGUUUUCGAAGCCCGGGUUUCAGGAGACUGGACCGGCAGAUUGAGCUCAUGAAGCAGUUGCUACGUGGGAAGAUUGUGAACAUGGAAGAGAUCAUCAAUGCCAAGAACAAUGAUGGAAGAACUGCUCUUCACAUGGCUGUAAUUGAGAACAUUCAGUCAGAUGUGGUGGAAUUGCUGAUGACUGUGCCAUCAAUUAAUUUGAACAUCCGGGAUGCUGAUGGUAUGACUCCUCUAGAUCUCCUCAAGCAACGCCCACAAUCAGCUUCUUCUGAAAUCUUAAUCAAGGAGUUAAUUUCAGCUGGAGGGAUAGCCAAUUGUCAGGAUUAUAUGGCAAGAAGUGCCCUUGUUUCCCACCUGAAAAUGAAGGGUAUUGGGAGCAGCCCGGGGACUUCUUUCAGAAUCUCAGAUGCAGAAAUAUUGUUGUACUCUGGUAUUGAGAAUGCGUCCAAUGCCAGCCCUGAUCCUGCAAGUGGAGAGCUCAGUUCAUGGUCCAGUGAACUUGCUCACCUUGACCCUGCAACAGAUAUCAACUUGGCUGAUGAUAAUAAAGGCUCUGUAAAUAAUGCUGCAAGGCGCUUGAAGAUCCUUCUCCACUGGCCCAGAAAGCAAGGAAAAGCUGACAGCAAAACAUUGGGAGAAGAUGAUUCUUUGGACUCAUACAAGAUAUCUAGAAAUCUAGAAGAUGAUCCGACCCCUCUUCGACACACAUUCUCAAAACUCACAUCUCUCCCAAACAAUAAAAGAGUAGUCUCUUUCAGGAGCUUACUCCCAAGCCCUUCAACCAAGAAGAAAUUCGCAGUAGGCCUAAUGCAUGGUGUGAUCCGCGCAAUGCCCCAAUUAGCAGACCCAGCUGAAUCAUCUUCACCUCCUUUUUCAGAAUCGCCCGUGUCAUCACCUAGAUCUGCAGAGAAGCAGAAGGGCAUAGCUAUUGAGAAUGGCACUACUGGACCCUCUACCUCAAAUCAGGGGGUGAAGGGUGGAAAACGAGAAAUGAAUAACAAACAAAGUUCCUUCAACAAGAAGAUGAUGAACCAGUACUUCUGCUUCGGAGCACAAGGCAUAGCCGUGGAGAAUUCGAUUCGCAGCCAGAGUUACAGGCAUGCAGUUGUUUGAUGGGCAGAAGACUUCCAUUUCUGAGUGGCAGAUGUUUGCUUGUGCUGUAAUGUGUGUAGAACUCUAUUUGGGGUUUGAGCUUCAAUUUUCGGACUUGGGCGGUUUUAUAGACCGUUAGUGUGUAGGGGUUGGGCUUCAAUGUUCGGGCCUGAAUGGUUUUUACGGGGCAUUAGUGUGUUAGGCUCAGGCUCCAAGCGUAGUUGGGCUUCGGCCCCAAGUUCUAGAGUGGCCCGAGUCUCAGGCCAAUGGGCCAAAUCUACAUCCUAGCAUCAAGAAACACUCUCUCUUAAGUAAAACUUUGCCAUUAGAACUUGCUAGGGAUGCAACCGAACCCCUUCCCAAUUUAAGGAUGGAGGUGACAUGGGCAAAGUUUGAAUGGGUUAGGGUUGUAAGCGCUUUGCCUUAAUGUGCUUGAUUUUGAUUGCUUCCCUUUUUGAAUUGGGAUAAACUGAUCUUGAAAUUCUUUGAUGCUUAAAUUAAAGUUGCUUAAUAUGACAAUUUUGUUUGCAGUA